CCAUUGAAGUGUGUGGCGGUCGGGUUGGACGAGAUUAAUGAAAUAAUAAAAAGAAAAAAAAAAGGACUCCUGAGCCCCUCCCCGUCCUCUGAUUGUCGGAUUCAAGGCUUGGCUAAGGGAUAACGAGGAUGGAAAUAAUCGGCUCCGUGGGGCUGUGCGUCCUGUUCUGCAGCGUGGUGUCUGUGGAAGCAGUGAAGGAGGAGCACCGGAGGGCCUUCUUCGGGGAGGACGUCCACAUCGUGGUCCCUCCCGGGGAGGCGGGCGAGGUGGUGUUCAGACCCGGGAGCGACGAGUCCGCCCAGGAGUUCGUCAUGAAGGCGGGCCGAGUGGUGAGCUCCCAGGCCUACCUCAACUCCCUGGGCCACCUGGUGCUGGAGGACGUGCAGGAGAGGAACCAGGGCGUGUACGUGGUGAGGAACGCCAACACCUCCCAGGUGAUGAAGCGCCUCAUCCUCACCGUCAGGGACUGCAUUCUGGAGCAGGUGGUGAAGUACGGAGAGACGUUCUACAUCCACCUGGGGAACAUUGAAGGCCCCAUCGUUCUGGAGUUCAGGCCCAGCCUGGUCCAGCCCAAUCAGACGGUGGCGGUGGAGCCGAGCACCAAGCCGCCCCCCAUGGUGCUGUACAACAGGACGGUGGUGGACGACGACUACGUGAAGAGGCUGAGCGUGUCGGACCACCGGGUGGCGCUGCACUCAGUCCGGAUGGGGGACGAGGGCAGCUUCACCGUGCUGGACCGGGAGGGCAAGAUCAGGAUGAGGGACUGCCUCAAUGUCCGAGAGCACCAGAUGUUCCUGCGCCUCUCCUACGGACAGAACCUGAGGAUGAAGCUCCACCUGCACCACUCCCUCCUCAACGUCGUCUACAGGCCGCGCUCGGACCACCACGACCGGCCCGUGCUGCAGCGGGGGGUCCUGGUGGCCCCGCUGGACCCCCAGCUGGAGGGCCGGCUCACCGUGGAGGGCUCCCAGCUCAGCAUGAAGCGGCUCCAGCAGGCCGACUCCGGCCUCUUCAGGAUCACCGACCUGGAGGGCUUUCUGGUGGCCGAGGUGCACGUACAGGUGGAGGCCUACAAGCUCCCCGCCCUGACCGUGUCCAUCCUGGCCCUGCUGGGCCUCGUGGCCUUCAUGCUGCUGGUGUGUCUGCUGUCCUGCCUCUACAAGGUGCACCAGAGGAAGGAGAAGAACAAGAAGCUGAUGCUGCUCGCCCAGCAGGCCGGGAAGGGAGACGGAGAGGCGUUCAGACAGGUUGUCCAUGAGGCUUACACCAGGUUCACAGAGGAAUCUCUGAUGCAGUCUGUGUGUGAUCAACCCUCGGAGAGCACGGAGGUCACCAUCAAGGGCCUGGAAGUGUCCAAACCGGGCCGCUACCAGGCUCUGACCUCCGAAAACUUCUUGGAGAUGAGCGACUCUGGAGUGGAGUUCAACAGCUCGGCCCACCCGCUGGACAGCGACACCGACGCCGCCAUGACGUUCGCCUCCCACAAGCCCCUCCUGAACGCCGUCUCCCCCACGGCCGUCACGGCGGGGGGCCACUCCGACAGCCUGGAGGCCACGGUGGUCCCCGACGGCGAGCUGAGCGCCACCCGAACCCCGGACUCGGUCCUGAGCGCCAGCCCCGCCUCCAACCCCCGCUCGCUCGCUCCGGCCACCCCCGACGGCGCCGCCUCGCCGGGGAUGGCCUCCAGGGGCACCGUGGAGUCGGAUUCAGCCAAGACAGACGGAGGGGCCGACGGCGGAGAGGGCGGGCAGGAAGAGGAAUCCGCCCAGAGCACCUGA